AUGUCUAAGGAGACACCAAAGUAUCCUCCUGCCGUGGAAUCAUACAUGGGAGAUAACGAUGGCGAUCUCCCAUACAGGUUGACGGUGAUCAGCAACAAUGACAAUAACGACAGCAACAACAACAACGUCGAGGGCACCCAAGGAGGCACGAGUACUGGAAUGGGGAAGCAAGAGACCAACGCAGUGGCUGCAGACAAUUCGCCCAUCUCAGAUACUGGGACCUGGGAAAUUAUCAACCCUGGGGAUGGGAAUUAG